UUUCAUUUUGAUUGAUUGAUGGUACUUGUAUUUUGGUUCGUUUGUUAUCAAACAAGUAGAAUUUUGUGAUAAUAAUAAAAAAAAGCUAUUGUGAUAAUGUUAAUUGUGAAGAAUAGAAUACGUCAAUUGUAAACUGUGACGCUGUUUCUUCGUUAUCUCAUAUUUGAGCCAGUUUACUUGUAACCUCAAUUCAACUUCAUUUGUAAUUUGCGAUCAAGCUGCAAAAGUUAACAUAGUUAAACUUAAACUUUUAAUACUUUAGUCUUGUUAUUUGUAUAAUGAGUAAAUUUAUUAUAGUAGGCGACAUAGUCUCGCCAACUUCUUUGAAUGAGUUACAAUGCUACAGUGGAUACAUACAAGUUGAGAAUGGAAAGAUAACAGAAGUGGGCACCAGAGAAGCUUUUGACAUAAAACAGAAUGUAGGACUUCAUAUAGAUGUUAUCAAACCUGAACAGUUUGUAAUGCCUGGCUUUGUGGACUGUCACACACAUGCACCCCAGUUCCCUAACCUCGGUCUGGGUCUAGACCGCCCCCUGCUGGAGUGGCUCGAUAAAUACACUUUUCCUUUAGAAAAUAAGUACAGCGAUGAACAGUUUGCUGCCAAUGUUUACGAAAAAGUUGUGAAAAGGCUAUUAAAUAAUGGAACAACAACAGCUUGCUAUUUUGGAUCAUUGCAUUUGAAUGGCACUUUGGAACUAGUGAAGAGUGCGAUACAACACAACCAGAGAGCUCUAGUGGGGAAAGUGAGCAUGAAUAUACAGAAUAAUGCAGGCUACUACAACAAUACUGCUGAUGAGUUGAGAGAUGUUGAAUUAUUUAUAAACAGUGUGAAUGGAUACCAGAAUUCGCUGGUUGAACCCAUAAUUACUCCAAGGUUUGCAGUGAGUUGUGACGGUGAGCUUAUGAGAGGGUUGUCCAACUUAGCUAAUAAAUACCAGUGUGCCAUACAGAGUCAUAUAUCAGAAAAUAAAAAGGAAAUAGAGUAUGUGUUACAAAUACAUUCAAGCUGUUCAGAUUAUACAGACAUUUACAACCGAUGUGGCAUUUUGAACAACAGGUGUAUAAUGGCGCACGCGGUAUAUCUCAGUGAUACAGAGAUGUCGACGUUUGCUCGGCUUGGUGUAUCCGUGGCACAUUGUCCUGCUUCCAACACGAGGCUGAGGUCCGGCAUGUGUCCUGUCCGGAGACUCUUAGACUACAACGUGAGUGUCGGGCUCGGGACAGACGUGUCUGGAGGCGACAGCGCCAGUAUACUGGACGCGAUGAGACGCGCCAUGGACGUGUCCGAACAUUUGAGCAUGACGCAGGGGGUCGGACCGGCUAUCGGCUGGAAGGAGGCGCUAUAUCUAGCCACUGCAGGCGGUGCUAAAGCUUUGGGCCUCCAAGACAGAAUCGGCACGUUCGAAGUCGGCAAAUCGUUCGACGCGCUGCUGAUAGACAUGGCUGUUCCGCACGGACCCAUAGACAAUUAUACCACCUCCUCGGCAGGAACGGACGCUAUCGUGGACAAAGUACAGAAGUUUGUCUAUUGCGGCGACGACAGAAACAUCGUUCAGGCUUACGUCAAUGGAAAGCAAGUUAAAAAUAUACAACAGUCUUGGACAAAAUGAUUUAUUUUUUAUCAUUAUAAAUUUGACAUUAAUUUUCUUAAAUAGUUUUGGGUUCUGUCACUACAGAGUUCAUUAUUUUUUUUUACCAGGCUCAAAAGGGCUAGAACUCUUAAAGCCAGUUGAAAAAACAUUUUUUUAUCAUGAAUUUAUUACAAUUAUUGAUAUUAUCAUUCCAAUGUAUGAAUAUCAUCAUUCCAUGACGAUUUUUGUCAUUUACUAAUUGUAUAAUCAUUUUUGUGAUAUCUUUUAUAUCUUGACCAAGACAAUAUUAAUUUUAAAUAUACACGAUUUUUUAUAAUUUACACGUUUGUAAUCACAUUUUUUUUUUUUUAAUUUGCAGGUUAAAUUGUGAUAAUAAUUGUAAAUCUAUUUUUAAAAUUGUUGUUUUAUACACCUGUAUAUGGUUGUCAAUGUCAUAUGGUUUUUGUAAAUAUUUUAUACAGCUUUUUUAUGCAGAACAUUCCAAAAUAAUUAGUGCAAAAGGCUAUGCUAGUUUAUAUCAAGAGUGAUUUAUAUGACACUAAGUAAUAAGUAUAUAAUAUAUGAAUAAAAAUGAAAUUCCAGAAAUA